AUGAAGAAAAAAUCUACUAGGUCGUAUUUGCUUUUACUGUUGAUCAGUGGACUUUUCUUAUCAUCUGUUCAUGGUUUUCUAUAUUCAGACGCCGAAUCACUUCUUCAGGAUGUUUUUAAGAACUAUUCAACAGAUAUCCGACCAAAAGAGAACUUAUCAGAAGUUUUAGAGGUCUCCAUUAAGCCGAUCGUUUUCUCUGUGAACGAUUUUGAUGAAGUCUCUGGGGUUUUGUCCAUUGUUAGUAGUUUUAUGUUGGUUUGGCAUGAUUUUCGGUUGACUUGGACACCAAGCAACUAUGGUGGCAUUGAAGAACUCCCUGUUCCCAAACAGAAACUAUGGAUUCCAAAUAUUUUUUUGCUUGACCCAGCCAAGAAAAUGGAAGCAGUUGGGGAUGAAGACUUCCUUGGCAGAAUUUCCUUCUCUGGCAGAGUUACUUGGGUACCGGCAGGUCUGCUUCAGACUACGUGCAACGUUGACAUGUAUAAAUUUCCUUUUGACACACAAUCAUGCAGUUUUACAAUAGCUCUGUGGGGAUAUUCGCCAUCUGAAACUAGAUUAACCCCUCAUGACAAUAAGACGACAGUGGAUACGAGUUAUUACUCCUCGAAUGCUCAGUGGACGUUGAAAGGGACAGAAAUGAAGCGGUCAUCACUUGGUGAUUACGAUAAUUUACUUGAAAUUGGAAUAAUUUUAGAAAGAAAGUACCUUUAUUUCGUCAUAAACAUGUUAGCCCCUAUCCUUCUUCUGUCCUUACUUAACCCUCUUGUGUUUGUCUUACCAGUUGAAAGUGGAGAACGUUUGUCUUAUGCUAUAACAAUCUUCUUGUCUUUUGCUGUAUUUAUGACAUUGCUCAGUGACAAUAUCCCUAAAUCUUCUGAGCCGAUGUCAAUGAUGUCUUACUUCUUAAUUAUUACGAUGUCUAUGAGCACAUUGAUAUGCAUUUUGGCUGUUGUUACAAUGCGUUUUCAUUUUAAAGAUCCUUUAUUACCAGUUUCAAGUCAAUGUGUUUUUAUACUAAAUGUUUUGAGACUCCGAUGUCUGUGCUGCUUCUGUAGAAAAGACGAGUCUAAUGUCAUAAAUAUGUCUGCAAAAUUGGAUGUAAAUGUUGAAAAUAGUAAUAUGGCCGUAGAAAAAAAUUUGGAAGAUUUUGAAACAGAGGAAAAAGUCACUUGGAAAGUUUUGGCGGAGGGAUAUGACAGGGUAAUGACAUACUAUUUUUACAUCUUUGUUUUUAUUCAAUGGGUUGUCCUUGUUAUGGCAUUACUGUGA